GUUGCUUCCAAAGGGUGCCUUAGAAGACAAACGACGACAAGGGUGGUCGUGGCUUGCUACCUUUCUUUUGGCUUUCAUCGUGCGAAAAACUGGGAUAGAGCAUUGAGGGCUUUGAGAAUUAAGAGUUGAGACUUCAUGGCUUGGGAAAUAACAGAGCUUCUGAGAACAAAACUCAAUCUGCUGUGUAAAGAUAUGAACUAUUCAAAUUCGAAAAGCGAUCAGUGCAUCAAGGAGCUAGAAAAGUUUCGGGAUACCUUAAAAGGUGCAGAUGAUCACGAAGAAAAUACUGACAAAGAAUGGGAGAAACUUGUUCGGGACAUUUACUCUUUGGAGGACAUCAUUGAACCCCUCAUAUGCAGGAGCGGGACAACUUUGAAGUGCCAGGAAGUCUUACGCAACAAAAUGCGUUUGACCAACAAGAUCGGGAAACUAACAAACAAAGUCCGAAAGUUGGUUACUAGUAGCUUGAAAAGUUCAGAAUCAGGUGCUCCUAGUAAUUCGAAUGACGUGCAAGUUCAAGAUGAAGCGGGGCACAUUCAAUCCACUUACUCCGGCGAUAUACAGCAACUUCCAACAAGUUCAGAAUCUGGUGCUGGAAUACCGCCCAUCUCUGAAGACAACCCGCCGGGUACAGUGACUGACGCUGAAGGUUCGCAGAUCCGAAUGUUGCUUCCUAGUAAUUCGAAUGACGUGCAAGUUCAAGAUGAAGCGGGGCACAUUCAAUCCACUUACUCCGGCGAUAUACAUGAAGAUGGUCACGAAGAAGCCCUUAUUCCAAGUGCUUCGGACGACAUGUGCGGGGAAGCUGUUGAUUAUUUAGAGGAGAAAUUAGUUAUGGAGGGUCUAGUAAACAAGUUAGCUCAACCGGUCCUCAGCUCAAGCAAGUUGCAAUGUCUCAUUUUAAAGGCUGAUGUGUCGAGUUCUGGUAAGGCAAUUCUACUGUCGGCAGUAUACAAUGCUGAAACUGUUAAACAACAUUUCCAUUGCCGUGCUUGGAUAAAUGUUUCUAAAUUGUCUGAAGAAAUACAAAUUGUAAACGCCAUUUUAGAACAAUGCAACUAUGACAAGGAAAAAGAUGGGGAGACCCGUCGAUCGCUGCAGCAGAGACUUCAUGAUUUCUUGGUUUGGAAAAGAUUCUUGAUAGUUUUAUACGGUGUUCAGGAGGGUUUUCUUUGGGAUAAUCUUCAACCUAUCUUCCCAUGCUCAUUAAAUGGCAGCAGGGUAAUUCUAGUUACUUCUCAUAGUGAAGGCUCAAAAUCAUUUGGAAAAGCUUCAGAUGAAUGGCUUAAACCAUACUUGGUGAAAUCUUCUGGCUAUUUGGAGGAGGAUUCUAGUUUUAUUAGUGCAAAAGCUGUGGUAGAUGAGUUAAUUAAAUCAAUCCACAGUCGUCGCAGGCUGUCAUUUCUCAUUUCGUUUGUGGGCGUGGUAGGCUCUGGCAAGACAACUCUAUUGAGGGCAAUGUAUGAUGCAGAAGUUAUUAAGUCGCAUUUCGAUUGUUGUGCAUGGGUUCAUGUUCCAGAGGUGUUCAAAGAAAGAGAUCUUUUAACUGACAUUUGGGGGCAAGUUGCAGGUGAUAAGAAGGACAUACUAUUGCCCCUCAAGUCAUUGCGACAGAAGCUUCGCAGUUUCUUAGCUCAUAAGAGGUAUCUUGUAGUUUUAUAUGAUCUCUGGACAGCUGAAACUUGGGAAUGUAUCAAAAUUUCCCUUCCGAACUCGUUGAACGGUAGCAGGGUGGUUCUUGAUGUACAAGAAGUUGAUGUGGCACGGAGGAUUUUCAAAAUUACUUCUUGUACAGAGCUGUUACAUGAUUUGAAAGAUAUGCAAGAAAAUGCUUCAGAAAAAGGGCACGAAGCAGAACGCUGGGAGAGUCUUUCUGAUAUCAUGGACCGGGCAUCAGUCAUUGUUGGACUUGAAGAUAAAUUACGAGAACUAGCGAAACUAGUCCUCAACAGCUACAGAUUGCAUUUUCUCGUUUCUGUAUCUGGUGGGGCAGGUUCUGGCAAGACAACUGUUGUGAGAACCUUUUAUAACAGCAUCGCAAGUAAGCAGCACUUUGAAUGUCGGGCUUGGAUCAGUGUUCCUGAAGAUUUUGAAGAGAGAGGUAUAUUGCUUGAUUUAUUUAGACAGCUCAGAAAGGUGACGGAGAACCGGAGCUUAUCUGUUGAGCAACUACGAAAGGGGCUUCGGCUUUUCUUGACCUGGAAAAGAUACUUGAUAGUUUUGGAUGAUGUUAGGACGCCUGUCAUUUGGAACAGACUCAAUCUCGUCUUCCCCAAUUCAUCAAACGGCAGCAGAGUGAUACUCACUAUUCGUAAGGCUUAUCUUGCAUACCAUAUGAAUCCACAGGCUGUAGUUCUUUUACGCCCAUUAGACAAGGAUGAAAGCUGGGAGUUGUUUAAAAAGGAGUUGUUUAAAGAGAAGGAAAAAAAAGAUAUAGAAGAUAUACGGAUACCGUCAGAUUUGAAGGAAAAGAUCUUGCAAAGAUGUGGUGGUGUACCUCUUACAAUAGUUCUGCUUGGAGGUUUGUUGUCUACCAAAGGGCAAAAUUAUACGAAGUGGUCCGAAGUAAUGGAGCAAACUAAUAAAAGAAGCGAAAAGAAAAAAGGCAUGACUGGUAAAGAUCAAUUGAGCUCCUCGGGGCAAGUGGAGCAAAAACAUGAAAAGAACGAAGCGAUAAUGGCAAACCAGGUGGGUUCUUCAAAUGGCGAGGAGAAGAAUUCUAUUGAAGGUCAGUCAAGCUCAUCGGUUCAACAGGUUCCUUCAGAUGCCAAGGGAAAAGAUAACAAGAGAAAAACGCCGGAGUAUACGACCACUGGAGAUGAUCAACUGACUGAUCCAAAUCAGGUGGCUUUGUUUGCCACUGAGCAGACAGAACAGAAGAAAGUGGUGACUGAUAUCGGUAAUGCAACUUCUGCUGAAGAUAAAUCAACUUCCUCUGAUGAAUCGAGUUCUCCAGCUGAAAUCUCUUUGUCAAAUACCGUGGCUGUGACCUAUCAGCACUUGUCGUUCUCAUCAAAGUGUUGUCUUCUUUAUUUGGGUCUAUUUCGUAGACCAUAUAAGAUCCCUGUAAGGAGGUUGCUUCAGCUAUGGCUUGCUGAGGGACUGGUGACACAGCCAACAGGGGGAAAAAAUUCCCUUGAAGACUUGGCGAAGAGUUGCUUUGAGGAGCUAUUAAGGACAAACAUGAUUGAGAUAGCAGAACGAAGGUUAGAUGGAAGCCCUAAAACAUGUCGUGUAACGAAUACAUUAUACGAUACCUUGCUGCUAAAUGCAGAGAAAGCUGGAUUUUUUCACAUCCACCCCAGUUCAGUUACAUCCCAGUCACCACAACGUAAUAUUCGAAGGCUUGCAGAACAAGAUAUGUACAAGGACACUAAACCUCCGGUAUUCUGCAUUCAGCAUCUUCGUACUUACAUUUCAUUCUACGAUAAAAAAGGAGAUGCUCCAACAUCAGGAGUAGGUGAACUGCUAAACAAAAUUGUUAAGGGAGGCGUUGGAAUGCUUGUAGUGCUCGAUUUGGAAGGUGUGUAUAAACCGGUGCUUUCUGAAAUACUAGGCAAAUUACGUCAGCUGAAAUAUCUAGGCUUGAGACGGACUCUUUUGGAUUCAAUUCCAGAAUCUGUUGGUGGUCUCUCUCACCUAGAGACAUUGGACAUAAAGCAGACAUAUAUAAUCACUAUGCCGAGUACCAUUUGGGAGGCAAAGAAACUUCAACAUCUAUAUAUGAGCGAGAUUUAUGUUGAUGUGUCUGUUCAAAAGACAUCGGCUUGUGGAUCAUUAAGCAGUCUUCAGACUUUAUGGGGGUUGAUAAUCAGAAGGAAGAUUCCCAAGACUUGGUUGGACAAUUUGACUGGGCUUAGGAGAUUGAAAUUAACAUACCUAGAAGCAUCAAUGGAAGUUAGUGCUGCUAACUGGCUCUCUAACUUGUCCAAUCUUGAGUCAUUAAAGUUGAGAUCAAUAAGUGACUCAAACGAGCCUGCAAAACUUGAUUUAGGGGGGAUGAAGAAUCUGAGAAAUUUAUCAAGAUUGUAUUUGCUGGGGCAGCUAGAGACGUCAAUCAAGGUUAAUGAACUUCCUCAAAAUCUUGAAGUCCUCACUUUGUCAGUUUCAAAUCUAUCAGAAGAUCCAAUGGAAGCUCUUGGGCAACUACCGAAGCUUAAGGUCUUGAGGCUUUAUGCUCAUUCCUUUGAGGGGCAAAAUAUGAUCUGUCACCAUGAUGGAUUUCCUAAGCUCCUAGUAUUGAAAUUGUGGAUGCUUGAGGAAUUGCAGAAGUGGACUGUGGUUGGCAACGCCAUGAAAAAUUUGAAAGAACUAGAGAUCAGAUGUUGCAAGAAACUUACAGGGGUUGAUGGUUUGGAGAACUUAACCUCGUUGAUGGAAUUGACAUUAACAAAUAUGGAACCAUAUCCACCUUUUGUAGCAGAUGCUGAAGAAAAAAUAGGCUGCAAAGUAAAAAUUAUAAAAACGGUUUUGGAAUUUCCUCCUCCAUGGAAAUAAAGGCUUGAUGGGGUAAACGGGCCAAGCUCCAAAUGCAAAUUUCACUGAGACGCAACAUUAUGGCAUCAACAACUGGAACGGAUGGUCCGGAAAGAUUUCUCUAUGUUUCAUGGUCAUUUGUACUUGUUGUCUAUCUUUGGUUAUGAGAGUUAAAACCUUGUCGGUGAAAUAAAGAUUCUGUACAGAUGAUAAGGAGACAAGAAACAAACUCAUUUUCAUAUGAAUAAGAAAAAAAAAAAAAAUGGGUGUAAUGCUUGGAGCUAGAAAUAUUCAUAGCUCGGCUUCUGAUUGAGAAUCAUGAAUAUAAUUCCACUCGGCUAAACUUCGUCUAAAAGGAAACUCAUCUGCUCUGACUUUGCUUAGACUUGCUUGGAAUGGUGAGAUAUACCAUGUUUGGAAGGAAAGAAGCCUAGAUAACACUUUGGGCACAAGCUAAUCUGCUGCUAUUAUGCUUAUCUCCACACCUUUUGUAGAAAACAUGAAAGUUCACCAAGCUCUAUCAGCAAACUAGUAUCUCAAAUUCCAGAGGUAAUUUGUUUAAGAAUUGCAGCCAGCGUUGUUCACUGUCUUCUUCAGCAAAUUCUGAUUUUUAUUAACAAUGGAGUUUUUUAUGAUAUUGUAAUCUUUUCCUUUGUAUGCAUUAAGCUGCAAACUUGUUCUCCUUGGUAGGAAUUUCUCCCACUCC